AUUUUGAGGCUGGGUAUGCACCCUAAUAUUGAGAAGCGGUCGGUUGUCAAUAGCAACGUGUCUAUAUGGCUGGUCGCUUACUUUACCUGAAGUCACUUGAUCAAUAUUGGAAGGAUGACAACAGAAGAGGCAUCUGGCGAGAUAUUCACAAAGCCGUGAAAAAGAUCAGGGCUGCACACGAAUCUAAGUCUCACGGCAGUGUGAUCCCGAACACAAAUGGUAUCCAAAUUUUGUAUGAAAAGUUAAUUGCUGACCUACAAGAGGUGUUGGGAUCCAAAGGGAAGUGGAAGGAUAGAACCCACAACGCAGAACUGCUUCUCGAGGCGAUUGGGGAAUGGGAACUUGGAAGCCAAGGUACAGACCAAACACCUACUUACAUAGUAGCCAAAGCUUUAUGUCGCCUUGAACCAAUGAUGCCAUUCACGCAUCCUAUAAAAGUGAAAUCUGAAGACGAACGCACAAACCGCAAAACUGAUGAUACAACAUAUUGCUUCCCCGAAGCUGUGGCACGAGGAGACCAACAGCUGGUUAAUGUCAUGCUGGAUGUACUGCCUGAGCAUUCCAAAGGCUCAGAGCAGAGGAAGGCAUUCCUUGACAGCUAUAUCGACAACAAAUACGGAAGCGUCCAAAAAACUGCAUUUCGCCUUGCAGCUGAAAAGCUAAGACUGGGUGUACUUGAAAUGCUGCUGGGAAGGUAUUCGGAGUUAGCGGACAGAGAUAACAUCAUGGAAUGUCUUGAGGCUGUCAUACAGAGAACUGCGAUGAAGGGAGACGAAGAAGAAGAAGACACUGCUCUUGGCGUGUUCAAGCUCAUCGUGCGUCAUAUGGAUAAAAGCGAGGAUAGAGAUGUGUGGGGCAAGAUCUGGAAAAGUGCCGUGAAAGUAUCAUCAACCAAGGUGAUCGAAUACCUACUAAGCGGAGAGAAGGAAGCUCCAAGCGCAAAGAUCUUCAUUACGUACGACAACGCAAAGUUUGUCAUUGAGAAUAACGACAUCGGGAUGUGGGAGAAAUUUGAUCGCACAGACCGAUGUUGGCUUCUCAGCGAGAAGAGCAAAGACCUUCUGCACACAGCUGUCCGCUCUCGUAAAGCAGAGAUCGUCCAAAGCAUUCUCAAAGAUGUUCCAGAACAAAUCGAAGUUCAAGCCGGAGAAAAGCAAGAUAUAUUUGCUAUACAGGAGCUGAAACCCUCGACUCCGUCGUACGAGGAUAUUCGGCAUACUUUGGUUUGUGCUAUGAUCCGUAGCACUAGCGAUAAAUUUGGAAUCAGGGAACUCCGGACUAUAUUGAAAAAGUCAAAUGUUGAAGCGGAUCAGCUUUGCCUCCACCUAUCAAGCAUAGAUACCGAGGAACAAAGCUUUACCGAAUAUGUACAGGGACUAUUACAGCAAAAAGAAGCAAUGGGGAGGAUAUACAAGUUCGAAAGUAUCCUGAAGUAUGCGAAGUUUCCGGAUCUCCAUACACAGGUUCCAAAGCAAACCCAAAACCUAGCAACCAGCUUGCGUAUGGACUACCAUGAAGUGAGAGACAUAUUCGAGUGGCUCCGGAAGCGAAAAGUUGAGAGCGUAAUCGAGCUUUCCGUCCCUGAUCGACUUCUUACCCCCCAUAUCGAUGAGGAUGUUGAAUAUUGCGUGAACCAAUUCAACGUUCGCAUCCUCAAGUGGAGAAAGCUUGAUAUGUAUCUUGGAAACUUUGACUUGAAAAUCAAGAAUGAACUACAAGAGCUACAUCUCUUCAGUAGUGGAAGACAAGCCGUUCACGAUCAUUGGCUUUCUGAACUAAGAAGUUUCCCGAAGUUACAAAGACUAUUCGUAAACGUAGUAGUUGACGUAAUGAGCGAGAAACAAUUGAAGGAUUCAGUGCGUACACUACAAGAGAAGUUAGACCAACUGAAUAGAGAUGAGCUCGGGUAUCGUUGGACUAAAGGGCGUCAAGGAUUGCGAAAGGAUACCCAGAACACGCCCAUGGUUCCAGUGACAGAAUACGAAUGGGCCACGGACCGAGGGUUUAAGACGUAUAAAAAUCUGGAUGAGAUACGAAACAACGUUGUCGGAGGCAACCUUGCAGCAUUUAUUGACAAAUACGUCGAUUUCAAGCUUCCCGAUGACAAGAGAACUAAAGUAGCAGUAAUCGAUAGCGGCGUGGUGAGUGUUGGCGGCAAGGCAAAGUCCCGAGAUUCGAAGAGCGAGAGAGAGGAUGGGGCUAUAAACGGGCAAACAAAUGGGAGGAAGGAGGGUAGUGAUAAUAUAUCAACAAGAGACCCUACCGAUGCGACUCAACCGUCAACUACCGACUUGGCGGAGCUAAUAGAGGAUGGGAAGUCUUACGUGAACACCGGCGAUGACGAAGAACAAAUGUGGUGGCAUGCAUCUGAGCCUCAUGGGACACAGAUGGCGAGGUUGAUCUGCUCGAUCGAUCCACGUUGCAAACUAUACGUGGUCAAGGUAGCAGAGACACGAAGUUCAGGUAUUGCAGCUAAUGUCGUUGCUCAGGCAAUUGAAUGGGCAAUUGACAAGAAGGUCGACAUCAUAUCAAUUAGUCUCGUGGUCUUCGCUAACACAGAAGACAUGAUAAAGCAGAUAGAGAAGGCUAGAAGAAAAGACAUUGUAGUCUUGGUGAGCACGGCGGAUACGGGUCUAGCGACGACGCCAACGUCAACAGACAAGCCAGAUAAUAACGAAGAUCUGUUCACCAUCGUGGCGUGCGACAAGUGGGGAAAUCUCCUACCAUUCAGUCAAAAGAGCGGGUAUAGGUUUAGAUUUGUAGGUCAUAAUGUCCAAGUUGGACAGAUCCCGUUUUUGAAAUCCGAGGAGUCAGUCACUGGAAGUUCAGCUGCAACGGCUAUCGCGGCUGGAGCUGCCUCACUGAUACUGGCGUGCUAUCGCAUUUCGCCCAAAUUUGACGACAGUGGUGAAGACUGGAGAUACAGGAUGGUCAAGAAAAGGUUUAGGGAGAUGGGAGAAGGGGGUGAUCAACCCUACGUUAAGCUGGAAAACCUAUGUGGAAAGAAUAGAGACCUUCGGAACAUUGACUUUCAGGCCGUGGUGAGGGAAGAAUUCGUUCGCAACCCCUGACCACCAGCGCCGCCCCCCGACCAAGUAUUAUUUUGUUUGAUUGCCAGAUAACUUGACCAGUCAAAACAAGAUAAGACCUUCUAGAUUAUUUCACAAACCAAAACAGAUUUUUAUACUUGACUCCUUUAAUUGCAAUUAAUUGCAAGUAAUCUUUUGAUUUUUCUGAACUAACCUGACCUGACCUGACCUAACCUACCACCUUGAGGCAAGAUUAUGAGCAUACAAAGGCUCAGCUACCAUUAGCAUCGCAUGGAUUCCUUACGUGGCGAGAAGAAGGAAAAAUGCUGACACUUUUGUGCUACUCGCGUGUAGUUACAUUCCCGUUAUCAGCUGGUGUGGUGUCGAAAAUUCUGCCGGGUACUGGUAC